GAGAGAGAGAGAGAGAGAGAGAGAGAGAGAGAGAGAGAGAUAAAGAGGGAGGGUAGAUAGACAGACAGAGUCAAAUGCAACUCCAGAGCCCACAGAGACCAGAGGCUGCUGGGACUUCUACUGUUUUUGUCAUUUUGUCUAAAUUUCCAUCAGAUCUGGACUUCUUUUUUUUGUGUGCACGUGUGUGUGUGUGUGUGUGUGUUUGUUGCUUUGGACAAAGGUGCGCUCGCUCGUCUGUUGGAGGUGACCGGCCGGAUGCCAUGGAACCGCUGCUGCCCGCAGACACGGACGUGAUGGAGCCCGAGGCGGACAAGGACGGCAGGAGGAAGAUCCAGUUCUCCGUGCCUUCCUGCGGGCCCCCCCAGCUGGACCCGCUACAGGUGGAGAUGAUUCGACGUCGGAGGCCGACACCGGCGACACUCUUCAGACUCACAGACCCGCCUUCACCAGAGGAAGACAUUGGCCCUCACCAGUGGGUUCUGGGGGAAAAUGGAGCCUUGAAAGCCAAACUGGUUCACACAUCGACCUACGAGCCGCCGUCACUUAAAGCUGUCCAGAGAAUGGCCCUGGCCCACCUCGCCUCCAUGGACAUGUCCUCUGUGGACAAAGACGAGCCCUCUUCUGGGGAGGAAGACGGGGAGCGCGAGGAGGAGAGCGAGCUGACUGCAUCGGCGGCAGAGCCAGAAAACAAACCGCCUGCUCCACCGGACGGUUUGACAGGAAGUGCCGAUCUGAGCCGUCGCCACGGAGAUAAAGAGGAGGCUGAAGAAAGAGAGGAAGAAAAAGGAGAAUGACACCGGGACGCCGAAGGAGACUAAAUGUCAACGUGGAACGGACUCGCGUGGCACCCAAGUGGCCAGCGUGUGUGUGCGUUACGGGUGUUUGUGUGAGUCCGUGCUAUGUGGGUCUGUGAGUGUGAGCAUGAAUGCGACAAAGGAAGUUAAUGUGGAAAGUAAGAUGGGGGGGGUAAGAGGUGGGGAGGUUAACGAGCAGUUACGAGGAAAAUUUUAACCUGAGAGGGAAAGUCGGGGGAAAAAGUUCCACUCAGCCAAGGAAUUAUUAUGAGAACUGCAAAGAACUGUGACGUUUUUCUGUGUUUAAACAGGAUUCAACUGAAACCUGAGACUACGGCUGAUUUGUUUGAGAAAACUAUAACAAUGUGUGAAGAAUCAGAUUAUAAAUGUACCUUUUUUUUUUGUACACACACAUGCACACUGGGCAUGUCACACGUUACUGGUGCUGGAUCACACAUUUCAAAGCAGAAAGAGCUGAUGAUGUACACAGCUGAAGAUAAGCCGGCGUAUACAAUGUAUGCAUAUUGAAGAAUCGUAUGUAGUCUGAUGUUUGAGGGUCCUGGUGUAAAGUUAUUUAUAGUAUACUAUACUAAAGUAUAGUUAUCUACAAGGUCCAAACGCAAUUGCAGUAUAUGAUGCACAUUUGUCUUUAAAAGUGGCUUUAAAUGCUUACUAACGUAUAAAAAGUAUAUAGCGGACAGUAAUAUUGCAGAGCCAAUUCCCAAAGUCAUGAAACUUGCUUUCCUCAAUCUUGCGGAAAUCUGCAUGCAAGGUCAAAGAAAUCAGAAGAUGUAUCGCAGAGGAUUGGAGUGCAGUCCUGACCACAUCACAUGAGACUAAUCCAACUAAUAACGAUACUGCACCACAGUGUAAUAAUGUAAACACAGCGAUCAGCCAGUAGGAUCUGUGGGAAACUGGAUGAGGACGUAUGUUUUCAAUAAUUUACGUGAUGAGUGUGGAGGUUCAUUCUUUACCUUGUUUAUAGAAUAUGUUUUGUGAUGGUUGCUUAUCAAAGAAUUAUAAAGGUUUGUGUGAAUGAAGCUUAAUCUGGAAGAUCACAUUUCUUUUCUAAGAAAAGAGAGACAAAAUAUCAGUUUGGUAUUCUAAUGAGUGAGCGGGUAAUUUGAACAUGUGGUAUUGGGUUAUAGUGUUUGAAUACAAUAAAUGACAGCAGAGCGCAAGUUUUAUUAAAUGGAAAGCCACAAAAGUUUUGACACUUU